UCUUUUAUUCUUUCUUCUUUCGAUUUACAUAUAAUUUUGUUUCGAUUACGAUGCAGUACUGUAAUGAUCGUGCAAUAUCACGGAUGGAUAGGCGUGUUACAUCGAUAUCUUUCUUUUAUAUAUAUGUGAACAUAUAUCUUAUAUUCGAUCUGUGUAAUACGUGGUGUAUACUAGCGUGUCAUAUAUAUGCGUAUAAAGACACAAGGAAAUAUAUUUCACUCAGUACGUUUGGUUUUUACAAGGAUGGUAUACUUAAUGUCAGUCUUACGAAUUUCAGAGCUGAUCCUUUAGACAAAAAUGCAGUAUUUGGAUUCAGUCUGGACCGGACACUUAGCGACGCAGUAAAUCCUUAUUUAGAUAGUCAUCAAGAAAGAUGUGUGCUUCAAAAUAUAUCCAAUCCUAAAACAGAACUAAAGAAGAAGAAUGAUAGUACUGUCAUAUACUUUACAAUGGACUUUAAAAAUUUAUCAUUGAAGAUAAAUUGCAGUCACAAUAUACAUACAGUUCAUAUAUAUAAAGAUUCUAGUUUGAUACCAGAUUUUAGGAUGAAAAGAAAUUCACUGCCAACAAAAUUUAGCGAUACAGCGCUUUUUCCAAGAAGGAAACGUAACAUAUCUAUACACGAAAAUGAAAAAUCCAUCAAAAAAGACGAGACUGAUUUCAAAUUAGAAUCGAAUAGUUGUGCUUAUUUAGCACAGGCACCACUACCGAUGACCGUGGAAACUAUAAAGGGCAAAAUGUAUUAUAACACAAGCUUUGCCAUGUACGUAGCCAAUAAAGAAGAGGAAGGUCUUUACAAUCUUUAUUUUCAUAAUUGUCCUAAUUAUAAGGGUGAUACUCAAGUUGCUGUAGAUUUUACGAUACAAAUAGCUGAAAUCAAUCAUGGAAAUUUUCUUAGUGCUGGAGAAAUGCCUUUACCAGCUUUAUAUUUUAUGAUGGCUUUUUUGUUUCUCUUUUCUGGCAGUUUCUGGGUCUUCAUACUUAAGAAGAGCAAGCAUCCUGUUUUUAAAAUUCAUUAUUUAAUGGCAGUAUUGGUAUUUCUGAAGUCUUUAUCUUUACUAUUCCAUGGCGUCAAUUAUCAUUUUAUUCAAACAAAGGGUGAACACGUAGCAGCGUGGGCUAUAUUGUAUUAUAUUACACACUUGUUAAAAGGUGCUGUACUGUUCAUUACUAUUGUCCUUGUUGGCACAGGAUGGACAUUCAUUAAACAUAUUUUGGCAGACAAGGAUAAAAAGCUUUUUAUGAUCGUCAUUCCAUUACAGGUAUUAGCAAAUGUUGCGGAAAUAAUAAUAGAGGAAGGCGAAGAAGGCGAUAUAGAGAAUCAAACAUGGCGCGAUGUUUUUAUUCUCGUGGAUUUGCUUUGUUGUGGUGCUAUUUCAUUCCCGAUAGUUUGGAGUAUCAGACAUUUACAAGAAGCUGCUCAUACGGAUGGCAAAGCUGCUGUUAAUUUACGGAAACUCAAACUUUUUCGACAUUUCUAUAUCAUGAUACUUGGUUAUAUAUACUUUACCAGAUUUAUAGCGUACUUACUUAAGAGUACGGUACCGUUUCAAUAUGAAUGGUUGGAUGAAAUGUCUCGUGAGAUGGCAACUUACGUUUUUUUCGUUUUAACGGGUUAUAAGUUUCGACCAGCCUCCGCGAAUCCUUAUUUCACAUUAACAACUGAUGAAGUAGAUCAAGGUGACGAUGACGACGAAAUGGACAUCGUCCUCUUUUCUAGCGUUAGCGGUGGUAGCGGACUUACCGAGAAUCUCAGUAAAGUUAGCAAAGUCUCCAAAGUGGUAAGGCCAACGACCUCGGAAGUUCCAUCUACUCAAGAGGAAAGGGAUAGUCUUUUUAACAAAAAAGAUACUACUCAUGAAUAUGAUUGAACACAUGAACUAUACCUAAUAGAUCGAUUUUGGGUAUUGCUCCAAGUGUAUAAUGUAUGUGUAUUUUAUAAAAUCUCAAUAUGCUUUUUGCGAGUAAGAUGAACGCACUGUGCGAGAAAGAGAGAGAGGGAGAGAGAGAAAGAGAGAGAAAGAAAGAAAGAGAGAAAGAAAGUUUAAAAUGUAAAGCACGAGAUAGUUUUAAAAUAGUUAACUCGGAACUUUCUGUAUAUUUCCUAUAUUACAGGACGAUUCACGCAACUAUAACAAUCUAUAUCUUUUUUCUUUUUUGGUUAAAGUUAGAAAAAGAUGAAUGGUUCAAGAUAGAUUACAUAUUCAUAAACAUAUUUUUUUGCAAUUGUGUGUGCAUGUGCAUUUUGUAAUGGUACUAUUUUCAUUUAAAUGAGAACUUUCCAUUUUUUUUUUGUUACAUACAUUGUAUCAUUUUGUCAUUCUAUGUAAGAAGGUAUUAGGAUAACAUAGUCGAGAAAUGAUUAGUUCGUGAAAAAAUGUAACUUGAAAAAAUGUCUUCAUUAAAGGAAAGCUCGAACAAUUUUCAUUACAUUCUAAAUAUUUCGUAUAACGUUUUUUAAUUUAAUUUCAUAACCGAAUUGAGUUGAUCUUUGAUUAUUGUUAUUACUAAAAUUUAUAUAUUUUCUUAGUUUUUAUUUUUAUUUAUUUUUAAACAUUUUAUUUUUUAUUUGUUUUUUUAUUUGAAAAAUGUGAUAUUUCAUGUAUUUUAAGUUGUAUAUCUGUGAUAGGUUUCGUACUCUUUUAUGAUAAAUUAUCAUUGGAUCAAUGAAUCUUUUUCGAAUACGUAUCUGCUACUGUUAUGAAAACAAAAAAUGAAAAUAUGUAAGAAGCGUUUUCUUUCUUUUUUUUUUAAAUACUCGUGAACUAAUCAUUUUUCAAUCAUUUUAUUCUAAUAUUUUCUUAGGUAGAAUAACGAGUGGAUACAAAAAGAAGGGAAGAUUUACAUUCACAACAAAAAUACUGCGUAUACAUAUGUGAAAAAAUACGAUCGUGAAUAUAGUAGUUCUACCUAAAUUAAUCAUCUUUUUCCUCCAACAUUUUUUUUUAAAUUUUAACCAAAAAAAAAAAAGAAAGAUAUCAGUUGUUAUAUAGUUGCAUGAAUCAUCCUGUAUAAAUAUACGACUGUUUCAUAUUCCUUAGAGAAUAAAAUAAUAAGAGCGAUGUAUCGUGCGCCGCAGUGGUAGUAAAAAAACAAUCGUACAACUUUGUAUUAUUAUUAUUAUUAUUAUUAUUAUUAUUAUUAUUAUUAUUAUCAUUAUUAUUAUUAUUAUUACUAUUAUUAUUACUAUUACUAUUACUAUUAUUAAUAUUAUUAUUAUCAUUAUCAUCAUCAUCUUGUACUUAAUGACAAAAAAUUCGAUCAUUGUAAAGUACGACUGCGGCAUGCAUUUUCGUGCAGAGAUCGUAAUUUAAUAAGUAUGUAUGAUGUACUUUAUAUUUUAUACGCCGAAAUAUUCUCGUUUUGAUCACGUAAUACAUCCUCCCCAUCCCUUUACUCCCUCGCGUUUUAUGAAAUUCUACAUGUUAUACAUUGGCAGUUUUUUUAGUGUUUAAAAGUAUUACGAUUAAAUCCGUAAAAGGAUUUUACACAGAUAAUUCGUAAUACGACACCACGUCCAUUAAAGUACUGAUUAUAUUUUUUUUCACUUUUUUUUUCUCCUAAGAAUUUUGUAAAUAAGAAAGGAGAAGGAAAUUAGUUCGUCUUAAUUUUCAAGUUAUAUUGUGAAAUCAACGUUCAAAUUCUUUCCAUCAACAAGUUUGUCACUUCGCCAUUUCCAAAGUUUUACAUUUUGAUGGAACAAUUUUGUGAAAUUUUUCUAAGCAUUUACGACUAUCUCUAUCUUUAUCUUUUUAAGACACGCUUAAAAAUUUUUUUAAAGAUUCUCAUCCAGGACUCUUAGGUAUGUUGUGAUAGACGAUCUACACCCGUAUACGUGAUUUAUCUGUCAUAAUCCAAUUACUUCUUUUUUCUUCUUUUUUUUAUUUGCACAUUACAAUCCUAGUAGAAAAAAUAUAAUUGUUAUGGAUACCGAGAAAUAAUCGGAAACUCGAAACAUCUUUGAUGUUUCCUGUUGACGAAUUUACUAUAAUACGUUAUUGCGAAUAAUAUUAUUAGUAAACUAUAUUAUUAUUUAUGCAAUAUGUGUAUUGAUAUUAGUUUUGACAUUUGUUAAAAAUAAUACACUAUGUUAAAGUGUAAUAAGCAUGAAAUGACGGAAAACAUAUUGAAAAAAAUAAAGCGGAUAUUUUUAUGAAA